CCUUACAUGGCCCUCCUGAUUGGAGUAAGUGACUCCAGGUGUGCUCAGGUAUACACAGGUGGAGACUGAUUACUGCAGCUCAAGUUCAGCCAGUUUACAGGAGACUGACCUGGCAUCCAAAUGUCUCUGGUGCUGCUUCCAUAAUGAGUUACUGACAAUCUUGCUCGUUUGGCCCAAGCUGCUGCCUAAACCCCAUAUAUCCACUGGAAAACAUGACAGAGCCACGCAACCCAGGAAUGUCCUCCGUGCCUCAGACAGCCCCAGUGCACACUGACCCCACCUCUCCGGCUGUAGAGAUGGACCCAGUGGAGUACACCCUUAGGAAGCGCCUCCCCCGGAAACUCCCAAAGAGACGGAACGACGUCUACGUCAACAUGAAGACUGAUUUCCGGGCUCAGCUGGCACGCUGUCAGAAGCUGCUGGAAGGUGGGGGUCAUAAGGAGAUCUGUGUACACGGCCUGGGCCUGGCCAUCAACAGGGCUAUCAACAUUGCCCUUCAGCUGCAGGCAAGCAGCCAGGGGGCGCUGCAGCUGGCAGCCAAUACUUCCACGGUGGAGCUCGUGGACGACCUGGAGCCUGAAGAUCCUGAUGAGGCCGGGGAGCCAAUGACGCGCACACGCAACAACUCGGCCAUUCAUAUUAAGGUUUACUACCCUGACCCGCAGUGAGCUGAAUAGAAGUGUGUCAGGCACAGACUUUCCAUAAGUCUUCAAGUCCUAUUUGUUCCCUCAUGAUUAUAACAUUGUCGUCUGGUGGGACUGUGUGUGUGUGUGUGUGUGUGUGUGUGGAGACCUAUGAGGACAGCAGCAGAGAACUGCAGAAUGGACAAUGUGUUGGCUGGACGGUAUUCAUUAAGCUGUGUUGGAACACUCCAAAAAGGAAAACCUUGGUUGACUUAAUAUAUUGAGCUUGUUUGUCUUGUGAUUUGUAAAUUGCAAAUUGUUGCUGCUGUUCCUUUUUCACUUUGCAUGUCUUGAAGCAGCAGAAGUGUUUGCCAGGUUAAACCUCAGUAUCAUUUAAAUACUUGUAGACAUGGCUGUGCCAGAAGUGAAUGUAUAAGUGUCUUUAUUUUUAAGGCCCAACUAAGGGACUGUUCAAGUGUUUACAGUUUCUUAUCUGUAUCUUGUCAUUCAUACAAAUUAUUAGAAAACUGAAGAAGCUUAAAUUUCAAACAUGUGUUGUUGUAAAUGUCCACUAGAUGUCAGCAGUCUAAAUCUAUUUAAAUUUGGUUUCAGAACGUUGAACUGCUGGUGGUUUUCAUGUUUAAAAUGAAUAUGUGAUGGACAGUUUUUAGGAAGACAGUGUAUUUGAUUUGUGGACAAGAAAUAAAUUGUAUUAAUAAAAUA